AUGGGUUGCCAAAAUUCUAUAAUUCCUUUAGAAGAUUAAAAUAAGAAGUAUGAAGCUAAUUUAUGAAGUAAUAAUAGGAAGUAAUGCUGUUUUUGUAAAGAAUAGAAUUAAAAUUUGGUGAAAUUAAAAUGCAAUCAUUAUUAUCAUAUACAUUGUCUAAUAAAAAAAAGAAUGAAUUCAUAUAAUUGUAUUUGUAACAAAUCUAUUCGUUAACUAAAUAAGAUUGAUGUUAGAAUUCAUAUAUUAUUUCUAUAAUAAUAAGUUCAGAUGUUAUUUUAAAAGAAUUCUAAUUAGAAGAAUUAAUUAUAUCAAUUUGUUAGCUGCCCUAAUAGAUAAUGUACUUUCUAUUUUAUUUAUGAUUCAAAAUUAAAUGUUAAUCAAAGCAUCAAUUUUUAUUGUAUUGAAUGUAAUAGCUUUCGUUAAUAUUAUGAAUAACUUAUUAAUAAUAAUGAUAGAAAAUUAUAAGUUCUUAAUUAGAUCCAAUAAACAAAUCAAAUAUAAAUAAUAAAAUAAUAAUCAUCUGAUUAAUUACAAAAAAAUAAUUAGUAAAAAUUAAAUCAUCAUAAAGAAUAAUUAGAAAAAAAAUAUUAAUAACAAUUACUUAGAAUCAUUGAAUCUAAAAAAUUAUAAAUUAAAUUUUGCAAUAAUAAUUGUGGAUUCAUGUAUGUAGAAAAUAAUACUUAUGAUAUUAGUGAUAAUCUCUGUUAAAAUUGUAAUUUCUGUUAUUAAUGUGAUGGUAAACUUUUCUAAGAUUUUGUACAAAUUAAAAAAUGCAAUCAUUAUUUUCAUAUCUUAUGUACUUUUAAUUUAGUUGAUCCUAAUAAUAUUUAAUCAUUAAAAUGUUAUUGUGAUUAAAAGAUAGAUGAUGAUGAAACCAAAAUUUAAUUAAAUAUUAUAUGUAUGAUUUGUGGUCAAUAUGAUCCAAAUUUAAAGUAAUUGGAUUGUCAACAUUAUGUACAUUUGAAUUGCAUUUCAAAUAAUUCAAUCAAAUUUAGUAGUUUUAUGUGUUACAUUUGUGAAAUACCAAUUCUCAAUUUCUUAGAAAAUCAUCAAUAAAUUCAUGAGAAUCUAAAAUUAAAAAAUCUUGAAAGAAUCAUUUAAUAAAUUGAAAAAGAAUGUUAUAUAUGUCUUAUCUAAUCUUCAGAAGAUCUUAUUAAUACUAAAUGCAAUCACAAAGUUCAUUUAUCAUGUUUAAGAAAAAGAUAUUAAAAAAUAAAAGGCCAAGGAGACUAAUAACUAAAAUGCUUAUGUGGAUAAUCAAAUUUAUAAUUGAUUUCAGAUUAAAAACUGAUUUAUUAUUGA